CGUGUUGUUCCGUCGCGAGCUCAGUGGGCGCUCAACAAGUAGCAGGGAUGGAUCUCUGCCCGAUUCUCGCGUUGCUCUUAUCUCUCAUAUCGUUUGUGCUCAGUCAAACGCAACACAGACGCUUCGAAUACAAGUACAGCUUCAAGGGCCCUUACCUGGCGCAGAAGGACAACCUCGUGCCCUUCUGGACGUACAGUGGAAAUGCAAUUGCGAGCGAAGAAAGUGUGAGAAUUACUCCAUCUCUGAGGAGUCAGAAAGGUCAGAUCUGGACCAAGAAUCCUACAAACUUUGAAUGGUGGGAAGUCGAUAUUGUGUUCCGAGUGACUGGCAGAGGGAGAAUAGGUGCUGAUGGUUUGGCAAUCUGGUUCACAGACAAACCAGGAGUCGAGGGCCCUGUGUUUGGUAGCUCAGACAUGUGGAAUGGAUUGGGUGUGUUCUUUGAUUCCUUUGAUAAUGACAACAAGCGCAACAACCCCUAUGUUAUGGCUAUGGUCAAUGAUGGCACCAAAGUCUACGAUCAUGAACACGAUGGGCUGAGCCAACAACUUGGAGGAUGUUUGCGAGACUUCCGUAACAAGCCCUUCCCUGUAAGAGCGAAAAUUGAGUACUACAAGAAUGUCCUAACGUUGUUGAUCCACAAUGGAAUGACGAAUAACGAAAAGGACUACGAGAUCUGCAUGCGAGCUGAGAACGUCUAUAUUCCUCCAAGCGGAUACUUUGGAAUCACAGCUGCCACUGGUGGAUUGGCCGACGAUCACGAUGUCCUGAAGUUCCUGGUGACUUCCCUGAGGUCGCCCGAGGAGAUGGCAGUCAUGCAGGCCAAUGCUGAGGAGGAGGAGAGGUUCCGGCGGGAGUUCCAGGAGUACCAGGAGAAGACCAAGAAGGCGCGCGAUGAGUAUGUAGCACAAAAUCCUGAUUCGGUACGCAAGGACGCAGAAGAAGAGUACGAGACUGGAGAGCAGAGAGAGUUGCGCCAGAUCUUCCAGGGACAAGGACAGAUCCAUGAUCUGAUUCGCAAUCUUCAUGCCAAAUUGGAUGAGAUAAUUGGUCGCCAGGAACGUACUCUUGGUCUUGUGUCUGCAGUCCACACUGGCAUGGGAGGCCAGGUUGCUCCUGCAGGACAGGUACCUCCAGCACAGGUAGGGGCACUACCUGGGGACACUAUCAGGCGUCAUGAAGUAGACUCAAUCCUGAAUAACCAGAGGGACAUUGUGGCAACAGCAAGAGAUAUCAAGAACUUCGUGAAUGAUAUUCACCAAAAGAGCAACCAGUUAUUAACUAACAGUCAGAAGCCUCAGGGCUCUGUCCAGCCAGUUGGUUAUGAUCUGCAUGUUACUCUCAAUGAGAUGAAGGAAGGUCUGAAUAUUGUAAAACGUGAUCUCGGUACAGCCACCCAGCGAUUGACUUCUGGGCCUGCAGGCGGGUGCCCUACAGUCAGCUGUGUCUCAACUGGCAUGUUUAUCACAUUCAUGGUUAUCCAGGUGUUACUGCUUAUAGGAUAUAUUAUAUACAGAGAUAACAAAGAUGCUCAAGCAAAGAAAUUUUAUUAGGCUGCCGCACAGCUGCAAGAACUGGCAACUCCACAUUCUCAGGAGUGAAGUCUUUUUCUUUCUUUCUUUCCAUUUUUCUUGGUAGAUCACUACUUUUUAUGCAGCAAAGUUGUAACAGAUUUUAUUUUGAAAGACUAUGUAUGUCACUGAUGUAGGUAUUGUUAUUGUUUGUACAUCAAGACAUUUGGAAAUUACAAGUGAUAUUUUGAUCUGAUACUUGGGGACCUUCUAUUAUUGGGAUGCAAAAUGGGUAAUUUGGGUUCCUUGCCAUUUUGGGCAUUUAGGAAAACCACAAAAAUGGUGGUAUUCUAUUUUUAUUUCAAAUUUUUUUGGGGCUUAUUAUUUGCGUAGGUUGUGUUUCAACCUUCAUCACUCAUAAAGUUACAUUACAUUAUCAAGGGAACUGUUGCAAUAGAUCUGGGAAGGACUAAACUAUCUACAAUUUCAUAGGUGGUUUUAAGAAAAUAUGGUAAUAAUUUUUUCAGAAUUGCUUUAACCCAUCACUGCCUGGUUACCGAAAUCCCUGAGCGUAGUAAACUCUGGUGAUUUCUGGCAACGGCCAGACACUGGGCACAGGAAUCCGCUACAUCAAGCGGAACAUCCUGCUCCACGCGCUCUGGUGUGUUGCUGCACUAGAGUACACCACAGACCACGUGGUUUUUAUGACGCCAAUACACGUGUCCCUUCGGAAACGGGCUAAAGGAGUUUCUGAUUCAUGCAUUUGAUUGUUUUUAUGAAUGAUUUAUUUUAAAGUGAAUAGCCUUCCCCUCUUCCCCCCUUCCCCCCUCCUCUCAAAAAAACAGGAAAAUAUAUAUAUAUAUAUAUGUAGAGGAAACAAUGUUUAUAAAGUUGUUUUGAAGUGCUAAGAUUUAAAAAAAAAAAAAUUGUCUAGUUUAACAGAUGGUCCCCUCCAGACAGUUAUUCUGAUUAUCCUUACUUUUUAUUUUUUAUUUUUUAUAUAAGAUGUCUUCCCAGCAGUAUUUGUAUGCUAAAUAUAUUUUUUUUAUGGUCUCAAAAAUCCAAAAAGGAUGUGCAGUAAAGAAACCUUGUAGCACAAGAAAUCAAGAGGGUGAUUGUAACACGUUUUUAUUUUAUUUACUUCUCUUAAUCAUUUGAUAAAGAGAGAUGUAAGAUGAUACCAUUCUCCUCAUUGGAGGUAGAGUGCCGAGAAGAAAGUUUUAUAGGCGGGAAUGAAGUUGUGUGUAAAUAUUGUCACAAUGAUGUAAAUAGCAUAAAACCUGUGUUUUAUAGCAUUUUGGGAUAUUGAAGAGGUAGUGACGGUGGGAUUUUCUUCCCACCCCGUCUUGCUACAUUUAGUUUGAAGCAUUAACAUAAACCUGUUGGUGAAAUACUUAAGCACCUAAUAUUGUGUCCACCUUGAAAGUAUUUAUGAUAUUUUACUGAACUCUCUUAGAGGUGUGGAAGUGUAUGAGAAGUUUUUAUUUAUUUUUUUUUAUUUUGCUGUUGUCCUAAAAAAAGAGAAUGAUUAAAAAGUAUUGAGCUGUGCCGUUGCUCUUUUGAUGGAAGAGGAGCUGCAGAUGCAAGUGUGUAAUUGAGCAGAAUGUCAUGCUGCAAAUGUUUUAUAAGUGCUUCACCACCCUCCCCCUCCCAUCCAGUGCUAGGAUAGUUUACAUUAAAGAAUAUCAUUAGUCUAGCAAGACUGUGUGAAAGUUACAAGUAAGGAAAUUUGUACGCUAGCCAUGACUCUAUUCGUUAAUACUAACAUUCCCUGUCCUGACCUUCUUAAAUCUUUCCGAAAAAAAAAAAGCAAAAACAAAAAAGAUCUUCCUUAUUUUUUUGGAAUGUGUUCUUGCCAUUGGCAGUUGGCAUUUCUUUUAUAGGUUUUAGGUUUUUAAGCUUCUCAUUUUUUUCUUUACUUCAACCUCUCCAUUUCCAGUUUAUUUCAUUUUAUUUUGUUAUUUUUAUUAUGUUUUAAUUUUUCAUUUUUUAGAUAAUUUUUAUUUCACACUUAAUGCUAUCUGAGGACUUUUUUAAUACCUUGGUUAUGGUUUGCCUGUGCUAUCAUCUUGGUUUCCUCUUUGUAAGUUUAUUUAUGUUUUUGCUCAUUGGCACACAGAUUGUAACGAACCAGAUGUUAGCUUUGUUUGAUGUACAAUUUUAUUUUCUUCACUUGUUUGGGUUAUGUUCAGUUAUUUGCAGUUGUACAAGUGAGAUUAUGUAUGAAUAUAUUACUAUUCAGAUUUGUAGAGUUAAUUUACAGACACUAGUUGUAGCGCCGUACUUGUUUAUUUUAAAGCUCCUGGCAAAACGGAGUUGGCUAAAUUUUUAAAGUAACAUUGGAUUUUAUUUUCACAACUGAACUAGUAAAAGGGUUAGUAUAAAGCCAUUGAAAAAGUGAUCUUAUUUUAUAAUUUUGUGAGAUGGAAAGUACAUUGUUGCUUUUAGUUUUUAAUAUUUACGUAUUCACUGGUGAGUUGAAUGUAUUUUGUUAAGAUUUUGGGAUAAAUUAUUGAAAUAAAUGUUUUCUAUUUUAA